ACCUCAGAAUAGUUUUUUGAUCCAAUUCAUUCAACAGACUACAAUUUUAUCGUUGAGAUGUCUCGCCAAAAUUCAUCCGAGUCGUUGGGCUAUAGUAAACUGUUUGAUCCCUGUGAUAAAAUUCCCGAUUUCAAGAUAGGCGAUUCUUUACGUAAAGCUUUAUGCUUCCAAGAACGAUUAAUAGUGAGCCUGAAAGAUAAUCUCACCUCAGAUACAAAGCCGGUAGGUGGUUACUGUAUUUCAGUUGAAGGAAUCGGUUCAGAAGGCCAGGAAUUCAUGAUACAAGUAUUAUCAUCCUUAACUGUGAAUGAUAGAUUUGCUGGAUUAAAAGUCAUCGGCUCAACUACGGCAAAAUUGCAUUGCUUGGAAGAGAAGAGAACUGAAUACGUUCAGAAAUGUGAUGGGUUGCAUGAGAAGAUAAUAUUUUUUGGAUUAAAAGAUGACAUCUACCAUUUGGAGGGUGAAGAUUCAUGUCCCCGUGAUAAAUCCUGCUGGAAGAAAGAUUUACCCUUGUGUUCCAAUGGAGACAUAAUAACCGAAGGUACCAGCGUCCUAUUGAUGAGAUAUCUUGCUCUGACCAACUAUCAUGGGAAUUUAUCUUUCCAGAGCAUAAUGAUAGAUGGACAGCUUGCAACAAGUAAUUAUAGAUGCUCCGAAGCAACACAUAUGAAAUAUCACGGUCACGUCAUUAAGGUUUAUAUGGUAGAGCGUAAAAUACAAGAAGAAUGUGGACUCAUCCAUAACAUCAAGACGUACAUGACCAGGAACGGAUAUAUUUUGCGGCAUGAUUGGUUAGAAGAACAGUACUUGUUACAAAUCAAUCCACUGAUUGAUCCAAAUAUACUUGGUACCAACCAACCGAAAAUCAGUGCCCCAUUGAGAUCAAGGUGGGGCAGUGAUGUGGAAAUAUUGUCCAUGUAUCUGGAUACAAAGGUUUGGAUUUAUAAGAUAAUUUCUGAUUCUACUGGUCUGGUAACAUUUUUACAUAAUUUUGAAUAAUUUUGUACACAAAAGACGUUCAAAAUGGCUCAACAAGUGAAAUACAUCACCGAUCACCCUCAAAUUGCACGACUGAUCAGCGAUUACACCCAGACUUUGAUAGCUGGUAAUCACCUACCCACCAAAGCGGCCUUUUUACCAAAU